AUGUGGAUAACACCCAGCUCUAUCUCUCCAUUUUAUCAGAGUCAGAAGAGGGGCUCUGUGGACUGGACUGCUGCUUGGAAGCAGGUGCAUAAACAUCAACAUUUGGAUUACGUAGUUGAAAAGCUGGAACAGACUAGAAGUAACAUUUCGGUUGCCAGUCAAAUUGAGACACCAAAAUUGCCUGCCCCGCAGCUUGUGCCUGCAUCUUUGAGCUCAGAGAGGUCCUUUUCCACAUUGAAAGAGAAUUGGGAACAAUACCAGCUUCAGUGCUUGAAAUAUUUCCGUGAAACACCUCCUCUUCUGUCAGAAGGCAAGUUCUGCAAUAGAACAUUUGAUGAUUAUAUAUGUUGGCCAGAUGGCCUGCCUGGCACUUAUGUGAAUAUGAGCUGUCCAUGGUACCUUCCAUCAGUGAAUGCAGGGCAAGUUUAUCGCUUCUGCACACUUGAGGGUACAUGGCUUCUGGAGGAGAAUUCCACUAAGCCCUGGAGAAACACAUCUGAGUGUGUGGUUGAGGGCAAUGACCCACCAAAUGAACCACUCCUAUUCCUAUCUAUCAUCUACACCACUGGACAUGCUCUUUCCUUUUCUGCCCUCAUUAUAGCAACUGCCAUCCUCCUUGGAUUCAGGCAUCUGCAUUGCACCAGGAACUAUAUUCACUUGAACCUUUUCAGCUCCUUUAUUCUACGUGCUGUAUCUGUCUUCAUUAAAGAUGCCGUGCUAACAUGGAUGUACAGUACUGCCACUCGUGAAUAUCAAUGGGAGAAAAUUUUGUCCUAUCAGGAGUCACUCAGUUGUCGUCUGGUCUUUGUGAUGAUGCAUUAUUGUGUGACUGCAAACUACUAUUGGUUAUUGGUGGAAGGAAUGUACCUAUACACACUCCUAGUGGUCUCAGUAUUUUCUGAGCAGAGAAUCUUUCGGCUUUAUCUUUGCAUUGGCUGGGGUGUACCAAUGCUGUUUGUUAUCCUCUGGGGAACUGUCAAGUACCUUUAUGAAGAUGAGGGCUGCUGGAGCAGAAACCAUAACAUGAACUACUGGCUGAUCAUCAGGCUCCCCAUCCUGAUCGCUAUAGGGGUGAAUUUCCUGAUAUUUAUCAGAAUUAUAUGCAUUAUCAUUUCCAAGCUGCAAGCUAAUUUGAUGUGCAAAACUGACAUAAAGUGCCGACUGGCCAAAUCGACUCUGACUCUGAUCCCACUUCUGGGGACACAUGAGAUCGUUUUUGCUUUUAUUACGGAUGAGCAUGCGAAAGGAAUGCUGCGUUUUGUGAAGCUCUUCUUCGAACUCUCCUCCUCCUCCUUUCAGGGUCUUCUGGUUGCAGUCCUCUACUGUUUUGUCAACAACGAGGUUCGAACAGAAUUUCAGAAAAGCUGGGAGCGCUGGAGACUAGAGCACUUGUACGUCCAAAGAGACAGCAGUACGAAGUCACUCAAGUGUCCGGCCAACAGCAUAAGCAGUGGAGGUACCUUGGGCAGCACAGUCUAUGCUGCCACUUGCCAAGCGACAUGCAGCUAGUGUCUACAGAGGCAAGAGCAAAAGAGUUGGAUCUGAGCUGUAGGAAAUACAAUUGGAUAUCCUUUGAAAUACAGCUAGAAUGAUUGUAAGAGCCCUUUGAAAAGUUGAGCCUCACUUGUUCAUGGCAGCUGGACCAACUUUUAAAAUAAAACAGGCUGUUAGUGUAAUCAGCAUACAAGGGGUAGAGAGGGAGAGAAUCCUAUCUAAAGUGAGCUUCAAGAGUUUCUUUCUAAUUAAUAUUUAUAGCCUCCAAGGUAUCAAGACCCUAACACUGCAGUGAUGCAGACACAAAGCUUGUUGGUUUUCAGAUUACAAAAAAUGUAAGAAAAACACUUUCAUUGGGAAAGGUAAAUCAAAUAAAAUUAAAAGCAGCUAAACCGGAUUUGGAACUUGUUAUUUCAGCCUUUUCAAAGGAUAGCUUUUUUGGUACAUAUACAGUUAUGACUGUUCUAGAAGUGUCUUUUUCCCCUCACCUACUACCAUUGUUGCAGAGAAAUUUCAUUUUACUUCUGUUCAGACUAUAACACAUAGCAUGCUGAUGCAUCAUGAACAGAGUUACAGGUACCUGCUGGCCAGUACUUGUGCAGCAGCUCCUCUUCUUUCUAUUUACAUGGCAUUGUAGCACCUUUCUAAAAUAGUUUUGUUACACAGAGUGGGAGUGCCUGUACAACUUUUUUAUAUUUGUAAACACAAUUCUGACAAAUAUUGUAAUGUGCAGGCAGGUAACUAAGAAUAGGGGUUUCCCCCCUCUGAGUGUUUAUUGAUGUUGAACACAUUCUGAACCAUGCAGAGGGGAAGCCACAUAUUAUUUAUAGACAGCCCCUCUUACAUCAUAUUUUUCAAAAAGCAACCACAUUAGAACAUUUUAUGCAUCUGUGCUAUACAGGACUGGAGUUCUUCUAUUCCACAAACACACAAUCCUGUAUAGCACUUCACUCCUGCAGUCAUGCUACAUCUCUCUUGUACAUGGAGUAGAAACAGGAUAUUGCCUUACUAGUCCCAGCUAGUGCUACUGUAGUAUUAAAAUCUGAUUCUUGCCCUCCUGGAAAAUCAUAAAUUGUAUCAUUUUUGUGUCAUUCAAACAAUCUUAAAGCAGAUAUGGUUGUGUGUCAUCCUUAACUGCAUGGUCUCAAUCUUAAACUUUUCAUAAUGAAUUUGAACUUCACAUAACAGACUUUAUUCUAGCUGGCAAAUAGGUGCCUUUUCUGUUACCUUUUCUAAUGUCUUUUAAAGAUCAUUAUUCUCUGUGCUUUCUGCUAGUAUGAACCAAAGCUCUUAGUUGUUUGCUGGCAUCAGUAUUUGUUGAUGAGCAGUGUUAUCAUGAGAACCAGUGUGGUGUAGCGGUUAAGGUGUUGAACUAGGACCUCGGAAACCCAGAUUCAGAUCUCCACUUGUACCAUAUAAGCUUGCUGGGUGAACUUGGGCCAGUCACACACUUUUAGCCCCAAACCUGGCUAGUAUUUGGAUGGGAGACCUCCAAGGAAUACCAGGGUCAUGAUGAGGAGGC